ACCUCUGGAUGUGUCAGGGCUCUCUGGUGAAAACAAGUGACUGUUGUCUCCACAUGUGUCAGAGGAAAUAUGAAGAAGACUGUGCUCUCCCCAGCUUCUAAUACAAGUAAAUUUGUGAGGAGCUGUCAACUGGAUAAUACCGUCAGCCACGCAGUGUGUGAGUGCAGGAGCGUUGCAGUGACUGAGUCUUUGCAGAGCUGAAAGAUGAGAACUGUAAUAGCGCCUGUUGGCCUCUUGGUGGUGCUGUUUGUUUAUUUGAGAGAAACAGUUGGCAUUUCAUCUGCCUUGAGAGAUGGAGCAAAGGUCUGGCAGGGCCCAUUGCCCUGUGGAGGCUGGGACUGUCAGUGUGCGCUUCACCAGCGCAGCUGCUGCUGUGUAGCUCAGCAACUUUUUGACAUGGAGGAACGGGUCUUUGGCAACAUACUGAGUCAGAGGGAGACUCUAUCACAGCUUCACCGCCUCAUCAAGGAGACCAUUGGCGGUAGGAAAGUGGCAUUUACCGUGAGUACAACCGCCAGUACUGACUGUUUUGGCCCCUUCACCAGUGAUGUUACUGUUCCCUAUGGCAACGUCACACUCAACUAUGGAAAUGGAUACAAUCCUGCUCUCGGUGUGUUUACUGCUCCACGGGCUGGUGUGUAUUCAUUCUCAUUUUUGGCGUACUCCAGCGCUGGAGCAGAAGCCAUGAGGCUAUACCACCGUUUGGCUUUGGUUCAGGACGGGCGCGAGGUGUCAGCGGUGUGGGAGGAUAACCGUGAGGACCUUCAGGACAGUGGCACACACACCCUGCUUCUCCCACUGUCCCGCGGCAGCCAGGUCUACAUACAGCUACUGUCUGGACGAGUCCUCUGUGACACCGCAGGACAUAACAAAUUCAGUGGAUACUUACUAUAUCCUACUGAGGGCUGAUAUACACACACACACACACACACACACACACACA